AAUUGAUGUAGCAAUUCAAAAGGUUAGUCCCCCUCAUGAAUAGAGUUCUUAUUAAGAAGCUGGAAGUUCCAACCAAAACCUAAAGUGGUAUUCUUCUAAAUAGUGGAGAAACAAAGAACCCAGCUGGAGUAGUCAUUGAAGUAUAUCAAUUAAUAUUAAUGAAAGGCUGGGGAAGGCUAUUAUGACCACAAAGGAGAAUUUGUUAAAAUUUGUGUUAAAGUUGGAGAUACCGUUUUACUACCUGAUUUUGGUGGAUAAAAAGUCAAAGUAAGUGGAUAAGAACUUCUCAUAUUUAGAGACACAGAUUUGUUAGGAAUAUUGUCCAGAUGA